AUGUCCAGUCCCAAAGGGGGCUAUGUGGGCCUGGCAGGCAACCGACCAGGAUCGUAUUCACCCACUGCAAGAAGUCCACAGGGAUCAGUUGCUUUUGGCCGUGGGGCCACUGCAAGCACGAGCUCCAACAACAAGCUCCGGAGGAUGCGCUCAAACACACCGACCCCCUCGGACCGGCCUGCGACACCGCGGGCCAGCCCUGAGGAGACACCCAGAAGCACAGCCCCUAGUCCUGUGCCCGCUGCACAGGCCCCAAGUCCCCCCCCGGGGGCGGCCCCGGGGGCCGUGGACGGCAGCCGGCAGGCGAUAACUAUCUUUGGCUGCACGGGCAAGUAUAAACUGAUAAACGACACUUUUGAGCCCUUGCAGAUGCUGCACCAGAACAAGCCAUGCUGGAGGGCAAGGUCUGCCACGCCAGUGUAUUUGUUCCAUACCGGCAAGUCGCGAUGGGUCAUCAGCAAGAAGGUCAAUGACGGCGCUAGAUGCUAUGCCUUUGUUUCGGACAAUGGCUAUGCUGAUCCCACCCAGUGUCCUGGUCCUUGGAUUUGCUGUGGUGAGGAUGGGCAGUGGAGGGAAGAUAGAAAUAUCAAAUGCGUACCUGCGAAGGCAUCUCAGGACAAGUUUGUUCUGCUCAGGAACGAGGUGGAGGAGGAUUUGAAGCACUUCGGGUUGAUGGAUUCCAACAGCUUGAAGCAGCUGUGGAAGAAGCUUGACAGAAACGGAAACAACAUCGUCAGCUUGGCGGAAAUCGACAGCCUUGUUGUGGACAUGGUCAAGGCCAGCCUGUGGCCAGAGUGGGUCAACAACAAGGAUGCCAUUCGCAGGGCUUACGAGAAGACCGCCAAGCUGGAUGGCGAUGGAGAAGGGGAUGAUGUGGAGAAGGAGGAAUUCCACUCGUUGCUCCUGAACCUGUUCUGGUUUGGUCACUUGCAUCGAAUAUUUGACGAAAUCGAUACGAGCCAUGAUGGCAGGCUAACUCUGGAAGAGUUCACCGCAGGAAUGGCUCAGCUCGACCUUCACCUGUCUCCAGAAGAGGCAAGAAAGGAGUUCAGUACAAUCGACAUGGACCACGGUGGGAUGAUCCUCUUCACCGAGUUCUGUGCGUAUAUUCGGAGGCGAGUCCACCCAGACCACAAUCCAGCCUUUGAUGCAGAUAUUGUGUCCAAGGACAAGUCCAAUGAGACUUUGCGGAAGAAGCACGGUGACAAGGCGACCCAUGGACACUUCGUCAACAAGAAGAGUCUGGCCGACUUUGACAAACUCGAGAAGGAAUUGAAGGAUGUCUUGAAAGCCAACGACCAAGUGCAAUUGAAAAAGAUGUGGAAACGACUAGACUUCAAUGGCAACAACAUUGUGUCUCUGGCAGAGGUUGGCAAGAUGGUUAACGAGCAGUACCCAGUGCUCAACCAUCAGCCUGCACUGAUGCGGGCUUUCAAGGCCACGCUUGAAAGAGGAAACGGGGAUGAAUGGGUGCAGAAGGCCGAGUUCAAGAUGCUUUUGGGCAACCUGUUCUAUUUCAACAAGCUUUACUGGCUGUUCGACCAGGUAGACGAGGACCACGACCGCCGAAUGACUCUCAAGGAGUUCCAGUGGUGCAUGUCCGUCUGCGGUAUCAAGAUGUCUCAGGCCAAGUCCGAGGCAGAGUUCAAAAAGGUAGAUGUAAAUGGCGGUGGAAUUAUUCUUUUCGACGAGUUUUGCAGAUACUUUGCCGACAAGCACUGUCCGGAAGCCAUGCAAGAGUUCGUGGACGGCCUUUGA